UUAAGCAAGUCAAUGAGCCAUCUCCAAGGUUUUUCAUCACCAUGAAUCGAAGAACAAUGGAGAAGCUUUAUGGCUGCUUCCUUCUCCUAUUCUUUUUUAUCAUUUUCACUAUCAUACAUUCUACAACCGCUCUCACCGAUGAAGAAGCUUCAUUUCUCACAAAACGUCAACUUUUAACUUUACCGGAGAAUGACAAUCUUCUCGAUGAUAUAGAAUAUGAAGUCGAUGCAGACCUCAAAUUUGCUAACAACCGACUCAAGAGGGCUUACAUUGCCCUUCAAGCUUGGAAAAAGGCAAUAUACUCUGAUCCCUUCAACACAUCAUCUAACUGGGUUGGUACAAACGUGUGUUCUUAUAAAGGUGUGUUCUGCGCGCCAGCACUUGAUGAUCCAAACAUGAUGGUUGUGGCGGGCAUUGAUAUGAACCAUGCAGAUAUAGCUGGAUAUUUGCCUCAUGAACUAGGUCUGUUGACCGAUGUCGCCUUGUUUCAUAUUAAUUCCAACAGAUUCUGCGGUAUUAUCCCAAAAAGCUUGUCAAAACUGACAUUAAUGUAUGAAUUCGAUGUGAGCAACAAUCGUUUUGUUGGUCCGUUUCCGAUAGUUGCACUCUCUUGGCCAUCUUUGAAGUUCCUUGACGUGAGAUACAACGAUUUUGAAGGGAAACUUCCUCCAGAGAUCUUUGAUAAGGAUCUCGAUGCUAUUUUCUUGAACAACAAUAGAUUCGAGUCAAUCAUCCCUGAGACAAUCGGUAAAUCGACUGCUUCCGUCGUGACCUUUGCGCAUAAUAAAUUCAGCGGUUGCAUCCCAAAAACCAUUGGUAAGAUGAAGAAUCUCAACGAGAUUAUGUUUAUAGGGAAUAACUUGAGCGGUUGUUUCCCUAACGAGAUUGGAUCGUUGAACAAUGUGACUGUGUUUGAUGCGAGCAAGAAUGGGUUUGUUGGAAGUUUACCGUCAAGCUUGUCACUCUUAGAUAAUGUGGAACAAAUGGAUUUCUCAUACAAUAAGCUCACUGGAUUUGUUACAGACAAUAUUUGCAAGCUGCCAAAGUUGUCAAAUUUUACAUUUUCUUAUAACUUCUUCAAUGGAGAAGCGCAAAGUUGUGUUCCUGGGACAAGUCAAGAUAAACAAUUUGAUGAUACAAGCAAUUGCUUACAAAACAGACCACAACAAAAGUCGGCUAAAGAAUGUUUACCAGUGGUUAGUCGUCCUGUGGAUUGCAGCAAGGACAAGUGUGCCGGUGGUGGCGGAGGCUCAAAUCCAACACCUAAUCCACCAAAAACACCAGAGCAUAAACCGAAUACACCAAAAUUAGAAGAACCAUCUAAACCAAAUCCAAAAGAAUCUCCCAAACCACAACAACCUAGUCCAGAACCUGAGACAGAACCUUCUAAACCAAAAGAACCUAAACCAGAAACACCAAAACACGAUUCACCGAAACCAGAACAGCCAAAGCCUAAGCAUGAGUCACCAAAACAAGAGUCACCUAAGAAACAACCACCAAAACAAGAAGAAUCUCCUGAACCAGAUAUGACAAAACCUGAAGAGCCACCUAAGCAUGAACAAUCACCAAAAACAGAAACACCAAAAAUUAGGUCGCCGCCAAUGGAACCACCUGUCACAGACGAUCCUUAUGAUGCAUCUCCGAUAAAAAAACGUCGUCCUCAACCACCGUCAACAGAAGAAACGCCACAAUCAUCACCAGUACACUCCCCACCACCACCUCUUGUAUUUUCCCCUCCUCCUCCAGUCCAUUCUCCUCCACCACCACCAGUUCAUUCCCCACCGCCUCCUGUAUUUUCACCUCCUCCACCACCAGUUUAUCCCCCACCACCUCCGGUAUACUCUCCUCCUCCACCACCACCAGUUCUCUCUCCUCCCCCACCAGUUCAUUCUCCUCCCCCACCAGUCCACUCUCCUCCCCCACCAGUCCAUUCACCACCACCACCAGUUCACUCUCCACCACCACCAGUCCAUUCUCCUCCCCCACCGGUCCAUUCACCACCACCACCCCCACCAGUUUUCUCUCCACCACCACCUGCACCUAUCUACUCUCCUCCACCUCCUCCACCAGUCCACUCUCCGCCACCACCACCAGUUCACUCUCCACCACCUCCGAUGUAUUCUCCACCACCUCCAGUUCAUUCUCCGCCUCCUCCAGUCUACAUUCCACCACCUUCAUCACCGAUAAAUUCUCCUCCUCCAGCUUUUUCACCGCCACCAGAACCAGCAACGCCUUUACCACCGGCAACAUCUCCAAUGAUAAAUUCUCCAACACCUUCAUCAGAAGUGAAAGAAGAGUCAUCGCCAGUUCAAGCUCCAACUCCAGACUCUGAAACUGUUGAAGCACCAUCAGAAUCAGAUCAUUCACCAGUGUUCAAAUUGUCACCCGCUCCAGCACCUUCAUCAGAAAUAGAAGAAGAAUCAUCGCCGGUUCAAGCUCCAACUCCAUACUCUAAAACCAUCGAAGCACCAUCAGAAUCAGAUCAUUCACCAGUGUUCAAAUCGUCACCCGCUCCAGCACCUUCAUUAAAAAUAGAAGAAGAAUCAUCGCCAGUUCAAGCUCCAACUCCAGACUCUGAGACCGUCGAAGCACCAUCAGAAUCAGAUCAUUCACCAGUGUUCAAAUCAUCACCAGCUCCAACACCUUCAUCAGAAAUAGAAGAACAUUCAUCACCAGUUCAAGCUCCCACUCCGGACUCUGAGACCGUUGAAGCACCAUCAGAAUCAGAUCAUUCACCAGUGUUCAAAUCGUCACCCGCUCCAACACCUUCAACAGAAAUUGAAGAAGAUUCAUCACCGGUUCAAGCUCCAACUCCAAACUCUAAGACCGUAGAAGCACCAUCAGAAUAUGAUCAAUCACCAGUGCUCAAUUCAGCUCCUGCUCCGACACCAAUCUCCCAGCCGAAUCAUACUCCAACUCCACUUUCCCAACCAGAUAUAUCUCCAGUUCCUUCAGAAGAACAAAUCGAAGCACCAUCACCAUCAACACAAGAAGUAAAACCACCAGUUACAACAUCAACACCACCAAAAAAUAAUGAUGCUGGUGAUGAUGAUUUCAUCCUUCCACCAAAUAUAGGAUUCCAAUACGCAUCGCCACCACCACCAAUGUUUCCUGGUUACUAAACCAACAAUUUUAAAUAUUUUUCAUUUUGGUUUAAAUUUUUCCAACUAAUCAAAUCUGAAACAAACAAAAAAAAAUUUGAAAAUUUAACCAGUAUUAAUGUAAGUAGAUGAGUUUGUGAAAUUUCCAAAAUGAUUUAUAACCAAUAUUGUAAUUCUGUGUCAAUAGUGUAAAUUCAUCACAUUCUUUAUGUUUUUUUAAUCUAUAUUUGUUUAUCUUUACACUGUAUUUGUGUUUUGACCUCAAAGUUUGUUUUUUUUCA